AUGAAUGUUUACACCCCAUUCCAGGAGCAAAUAAGCACGGAUGCCACUUUGACACUUAAGAGUAUGGGUACCCAAAUGGGGAUCAGCCUUGGUGUCUCCUUGGCUGUCAUUGCUGGUUUCAGUUUUCUACGUCCACGCCACACACUUGUCUAUGCACCCAAAUACAAGUUUUCUUCACCCGAACAACGCCCCCCAGCGAUUGGGACAGGAUGGUUUGCAUGGAUAAAACCGGUACUCAAGGCCGAUGAUGAUUUCUUAAUGGAACGCAUUGGGUUUGAUGCCGUAUUGUUCUUGAGGUUUAUCCGAUUGUUGCGGCGUCUGCUAAUUGCCAUGAGCGUCAUUGGCGUUUGUGCCCUGAUCCCAGUUAAUAUUGUAGCUACUUACCACACUGGGGACUGGCCGCCAGCUGCUGGACUUGACCUUCUCUCCAUUUCUGGUAUCAAUUACUCGGACGAUGAAGCUCGCAACGACAUUCGCUGGUAUUGGUCUCCAACAGUGGCCACUUGGGUGUUCUCUAUCCUCAUUGCAUGGUUCAUGUUCCGGGCAUCAUGCGACUACAUUGACAUGCGACAACGCUACUUUCGACACCCUCCCAAUGCACUCUCAGCACGUACAUUGCUGGUCACCAACAUUCCAGAGAACAAGCGAUCGGACGAUGGCAUCAAGCAUUGGAUGAAUGGAAUGGGUCUCAAGUAUCCGGUGGAGCAAGCCAUGAUUGGAUACCACAGCCAAAAGUUGACCAAUUUGACACAAGAACACGAGGAAGCUGUACGCCUUUUAGAGAACUCAUUGUCAUCUUAUUUGAGUGAUGGCAAAGCAAUGGGCAACAAGAAACGACCCACGAUGCGUACAGGUGGAUUCUUGUUUUGUGGUGGCAAAAAGGUCGAUGCGAUCGAUUAUUACACCGAGCAUGUCAAAGAGCUUGAAUCCCAGAUUAAGAAGCUUAGAGCCAACAGCAGCGCGAAGGUGGCCAAUUAUGGAUGGGCAUCGUUCAAGCAAAUCCCACAUGCACAUGCUGUUGAUCAAUCCCUGAUGCAUCAAAAGGCUUUCUCGAUACGGCUUUCUCCACCACCGAGCGAUUUGAUAUGGCCCAAUUUGCCAUUGGAUGACAAGACACGGACUGUACGUCGAUGGGUAGGACGAGGGUUCUUUUGGGUGUUUAUCUUUUUGUGGAUGAUUCCUGUUGGUGCACUUUCGGCCACAUCCAACAUUGUCAAUUUGAUCCGUAUGCUGCCCAAUUCAGAGGAAUUUAUCGACAACAAUGCAUUCUUGAUGGGAAUGAUCCAAUCCUACUUCACACCCAUUGUCAUGGCUCUCUUUUUCUUGGUGCUACCCAUGUUAUUCCGUUUUCUUUCAAAGCAACAAGGCUAUCACACACAAACGACACUUGACCGGAAGGUGUUUACAAAGCUGUACAUCUUCUUCAUCAUCAACAACCUGCUUGUAUUCACCCUUGCAUCCAUCUUUAUUGGUAUCUAUGGCCAGAUACGCUCACUCAUCCUCAACGGCACUGUCGCAGAUGACAUUGAUUUGGGAACCUACAUUGUACAGCUUGCAAAGAACAUCACCAAUGUGUCAACAUUUUGGAUCAACUAUGUAUGUGUCAAGGCACUUGGUCUUACAAUGGAGAUGGCACAAGUGUUACCACUGCUACUGAUUACUUUACGCAAAUGGAUCACUCGUCCUAGUCCUCGUGAAUUACGUGAACUCGCACAACCUCCACCCUUUGACUAUCCCUUGGCAUACAACAUGUUGUUGUUCUUUUUCACCAUUGCCUUGUUAUACUCAGCCAUCGCCCCUCUCGUGCUUCCUUUUGCAUUGCUCUUUUUUGUCGUCUCUACCAUCGUGUACAAGUACAUGCUCAUGUAUAUCUUCGUCACCAAGAUCGAAAGCGGUGGUCGUAUGUGGCCCGUGCUCUUCCAAGCACUCUUGACAUCCACCAUUCUCUUCCAAGUGCUCAUGAUCAUUAUUCUGAAUCUCAAGGGUGGCCAUGUGCAGUCCUAUGUUCUUAUCCCAUUGCCAGUGCUCACUCUUGGAUUUCAGUACUUUUAUUAUCGACGCAUGCAGACAUUGGGCGCUUUCUUGACUGGCACUGCCUCUGGUACAAUUGCACCUAUUAUCAUUGAAGAGGAACAAGAAAAACUCGCACCCGCCAACACUGAAAAGAAAUCACAUGGCAAAAAGCACAAGAAGGAGAACAAACAGCAAGAUUUGUCGAAUCAGUUCCAAGAUCCUGCUAUUCACAAGAAGCUAUUGACACCCAUGAUCCAUGAGGAUGUCAAGCAUCUCUUGCCACAAGUAUAUCAUCACACUGUGCAGCCUGUUGAAAAUGCUUUUGAGAUGGUGGGCAAACGUAUGGAUCUGAAAGAGCAACAUGGCUUUCAUCAUCAUCAUCAACAAGAAGAUGUUCAAGAUGCUGUGCAACAAGAUCACCGGCGCAACACACGUCGACUCACUGUACUUGAAAUGGAUGAUGGAGCACCAUUCAAAUUCUGCACCGUAUCUGAAAGCGAUGCUUUGGAACCUGAGGACACCGAUGAAGAUGAGUAUGAGGAUGAUGACGAUGAUGCAACAAGCUCUCAUGUCGAACCAGUGCUGGUGCAUAACAAUGGACGUGAUUACAAUGAUACAAACAGCCAUCAUGCAAGCUCGAUUGAUGAUGUGGAUGACGAUGAGCAAAGUCAACGUGGAUUAAUGCAACAUGAUCACAUGCAACGUCUUUGGCAACAACAAGCUUCAUUACCAUCCAUUCAUAUCCCAGCACCUGAAAUUUCUACGACAAGCUUGAUCCCAUCCAUAUUGAUCGACAGUUCUCGCUCUUCUAUGGACAACAACAAUGAGCCAGUGGAUCAUAUUGACAACGAGGAGGAAAAGGAGGAGGAACUACAACAACGUGCUAUUAUUCUACAAAGACGCCAUGAUUCCCUUCCUAUCGCAGCUGUUUCGGAAAAAGAAAAAGUGAUCGAUGAGCGUCGUGGUUCAAUGCCAUUCUUGAAACAAUAUGGUGUCGAUAUGCCAAUGCAUCAGCAACAAGAGAAUGAUGAUCCAUUACCGCCAAGACCUCAAUCAAUGCCAAUCAUCACACCCCUUGUACCUGAGAUGGAGGAUGAUGAGCGACAAGAACAGCGACCACGAUCCAUGCCAGAUUUGAAGCAAUAUAUGGGAACCACUACCACAAUCGAAGAGCAGGUCGAUGAUGAUGAUGAUGAUGAUGAUGAUGGAAGUGGCCAAGAAGAGCAAGUAUUGCUACCAUCGUUGAGAAGACGUGGCUCUGAACCAUUGAUUGGCAAUCGACAACCACCACCAGUAUCAUCCUUACAACGACAUCAGACGCUACCAGCAAGGCGACGAAGUUUCUUUGAAGAUGAUCAAUCGGCAUAUGAUACCCAGAAUGUAACCAGCAGCAGCAGUAUACGUGAGAGUUGGGUCGAAAGCGGCGAGGAAACAACCAGUAGCAGCAUACGGGAUAGCAGUCGUCUGUCAUCCUACUUUUAUACGCAUUAUUUCAGACCAACACCAGGACGCUCCAGUAUAGCUGAUUCCAACACAAAUUCACGUUAUCGCAUCACGUAUUAUGACGACUUGCUCAACUCGGAUCCCCAUCUUCCAUCACUAUCGGAGUUUGGCACCUCACCUUCACCUCACAACACCAACAACGACGACAAUGAAGAGGAGAACAAUCAUCACAACCAACACCAUCAUUCCCCUUAA